GAGAUAAACCAGCUCGGAAGAAUGUUUGUGAACGGCAGGCCUCUACCUCUCUGGAUGAGAUUCAAAAUAAUUCAACUCGCCCAGCAGCAAGUUCGACCGUGCGACAUCUCAAAGAUUUUGAAAGUAUCGCACGGUUGCAUCAGCAAAAUUUUAACUCGAUUCCACAAAAACGGAUCGCUGCUUCCAGGAAACACAGGAGGGAGCCGACCUCGCGUUAGUACAAAGGAUGUCGUUGCGGCCGUUUGCAGGUACAAGAUGGAGUUGCCUGGAUUGUUUGGAUGGGAAAUUCGAGACAGGCUGAUAUCUGAAAAUGUUUGCAGUACCAACAACCUUCCAUCCAUCAGCUCCAUAAGCAGAAUUCUCAGG